AUGGGAAGCCCUGAUGUAAAUGGACCCCCACCAAAGCUUGAGGGGAAGUAUGCUGCAAUGGUGGUGUGCUGGCUUCUGGGAAAUGGAUGCCUCUUUUCAUGGAACAGUAUGCUUACAAUAGAAGAUUACUAUGUUGACUUGUUCCCGCGAUACCAUCCCGCAAGGGUCCUCACUCUGGUGUACCAGCCAUUUGCGCUUGGAACAAUUAUAAUCUUGUCAUAUCAUGAGGCGAAGAUGAAUACUAGGAAAAGAAACCUAUUUGGAUAUGUCCUAUUUUUCAUAACUUCUCUAUUGGUGCUAGUUUUGGAUUUAGCUACAUCUGGGAGAGGAGGCCUUGGAACUUUUAUUGGAAUUUGUGCCAUUAGUGCUGCCUUUGGAAUUGCAGAUGCUCAUGUGCAAGGAGGAAUGGUUGGAGACCUCUCUUUCAUGUCAGGAGAACUCAUCCAAUCUUUCCUUGCUGGUUUGGCUGCAUCAGGAGCCCUAACCUCUGCUUUGAGGUUAAUUACAAAGGCAGCAUUUGAGAAUUCCCAUAAUGGUCUUCGGAAGGGAGCUAUUUUGUUCUUUGCAAUCUCUUCGAUCUUUGAGCUUCUCUGCGUGAUUCUUUAUGCUUUUGCCUUUCCGAAGCUACCAGUUGUUAAGUACUAUCGCUCAAAGGCCGCUUCAGAAGGAUCAAAAACUGUUUCUGCUGACCUUGCUGCUGGUGGCAUCCAAACAUUGCCUGAAGCAGAUGAGGAAGAGCAGAGAGAUCUAGAGCGGCUGGGGAACAAACAAUUGCUGCUUCAAAACAUUGAUUAUGCACUCGAUAUGUUUCUAAUCUAUGCCCUCACUUUGUCAAUUUUCCCUGGAUUCUUAUCCGAAGACACUGGAUCACACAGCUUGGGUACAUGGUAUGCACUGGUUUUGAUUGCAAUGUACAAUGUGUCUGAUUUGAUUGGGAGAUACAUUCCGCUGGUGAAAUUCCUCAAGUUGGAAAAUCGUAGAGGGCUCAUGGUUGUGAUUCUUUCUCGUUUCUUGCUCGUCCCGGCAUUCUAUUUCACUGCCAAGUAUGGUGACCAAGGCUGGAUGAUAAUGCUUACAUCCUUCUUGGGUUUAUCUAAUGGUUACCUCACAGUCUGUGUGCUUACUUCAGCACCCAAAGGUUACAAGGGGCCAGAGCAAAAUGCUUUAGGAAACUUGCUGGUUGUGUUCCUGCUGGUAGGUAUAUUUGCAGGUGUAACACUUGAUUGGUUGUGGCUUAUAGGCAAGGGCUGGUAA